AUUCUUAUUCAUCGCCAAAAUGUCGUUCUUCCAUGGCCAUUGACGACGACGAAGGUGUUCGUCCCCAUUUAUACGUUGCCAAUUUCAAGUUGUUUUUGAAAUGUAAGUAAACAACUCAAACGUGAAUAAAUACUCUCCCAUGUUAGAUCCAGCUCCUCAAUCCCAAUGGCCUAUACAACUCAAUAAUUAACAAAUAAAAUAAUACUAAUACUUAAACAUUUCUACACAUAAUUAAUAAAGUCAGCCACAAAAAGUCAAAACCUCCAGCUCAUUGACCCCAUCCAUAUAAAAAAACUUCUAAAUUAGCUCUAUCACAAUUCACAUUUAACAUUACAAAAAAAGUAAUACACAACCCCCAAAAAAAAUGUCACAAAUACACCUUAUCUUCCUCUUAUUCAUAUAUCUCUUAAUUUCCCCUUCAUUUUCCUCCACUAAAACAAAUAACACUACUUAUUCCUUUGUAAUAUCAGCUUGUAACACCACUAGAUACCCUACCUUAUGCACCAAAACUUGUCUUCCUUACGCCACCAAAAUCGAUAACGACCCUAGAAAACUCGCGGGCGUUUCCCUCUCUGCCGCUCUAACUGCCACCACCACCGCCUCCUCCGCCCUCACCGAGCUCUCGAAUCGAGAAAACUUAGGUGAGUAUGAAGCUGGGGUUGUACAAGACUGCAUUGAGAAUGUAGGAGACUCUAUUGAUGAUGUUAAGAAAGCUAUUAAGGAGGUUAAUGAUCUUGGAGAGUAUGGUAAUAAGGAGAUUAAUACUAAUAAGUUUAGGUUUAAGGUGUCUAAUAUUCAAACAUGGAUGAGUGCUGCUUUGACUAAUUUGAACACGUGUAGGGAUGGGAUUGGAGAAGGUGAGGUUAGUUCUUUUGUUAAGAGUAGGAUUAAGAAGAUUACUUUGAGGGUUAUGAGGUUAACUAGUAUUGCUCUUUCUCUUUGUAAUCACCUUCAAAUUUGAUUAAUAAAGUAAAUAAUUUUGAUGGGUUUUUCUAACAUGGUAUUAGAUAUUAAAAAUAGUUUGAUUCUCGUCUACUUUGGUUAUAUGUGUGUAAAGAAAAAGAUAAGUAAAUAAAAGAAAUAAUUUAUGGUCGCAAAAUUAUGUGUAUAUAACUAAUCGAUGAUUGUUCACUUGUUCUUUUUAAAUCCAAUCCCUAUGAGCACAACAUGGGCGCAUACGGAUCCACUAUGUGGUCAUUAAGGUCGGUUAAAAUUGCUUAAAUUCAAAAUAAAAUCAAAUAGUACAUGUAAAUUCAUCUUAGAUGAAUUUGUUGAUGUAUUGUUUACACAUGAUAUACUAGGGUUCAACACCCACUAAGAGUGUUUUACAUUUUUUUUUGAGUGUGAUUUGUAUCAUAGUUUGUGAAAUGAAGACAUUAUGCGUGGCUUUCAAAAUAAAAAACGCGACAUAAGGAUUUGCCUUAAUUUAUUCAAUAAUGAUUGUAAUUUUUUAUUUUAAAUUAUUA